UCCACAGGUCCUCUGCACAGUCAAUACUUCAACUUCAAAGCAACGCAGCACAGGCAACGUUGGUUGAACAAGGAGCUGACCGAGUCCAGCAAUGGCGACGAGGGCUGCAAGCACCGGCAGGCUGCUCAGAGCGACCACCGUCAAGGAUAGCCGUAUGCCGUCGUCGUCGCCGGCGUGCCGCAUCCCCUCUCUCAAGUUCCCGUUCCUGUGGGACACCAAGGCGAGGCAUGGGAAGAUCAGGCGCGCCGCCGAGCAGAAGGCGGCGCUGAUCACCCUGGGAGCAGCCACCACCAGCACCACGGAGGAGAAGCAACGCCUGCCGGGGGAAGCGGGCAGCGUGGAUCUCCUGCUGCCUCUGGCGUACGAGGUCACCCGGAGGCUGGUGCUCAGGCAGUUCGGGGCGACGUGGCUGGCCCUCACGCAGCGUCGCUGGGCCAAGGUCGUCGAGGCCGUCGUCCACCAGGGCAUCGUCAGAUGCCAGUCGUUCACGCUCAUCGGCGUCGCAGGAUCCCUCCUCGGUUCAGUCCCAUGCUUCCUCGACGGUUGUGGCAUUGUUCUGCAGUCCUUCUCCUUGCAGUUCCGUGCCAUGUCGCAGACGAUAGAUCACGCCGAGAUCAUCAAACUUCUCAUCGAAGCAUUAGACAUGUUUCUGAUCGGCACCGCCCUGCUCACGUUCGGCAUGGGGAUGUACGGCAUGUUCUACGGCUCGCAGCGCGUCCAGGAGCCCAUCUACGAGAGGCUGAAGAAAGGGACGAGGAUCCGGUCCGUCAUGCAGGCCAAGUCGAGGUUCGGCCACGCCGUGAUCCUGCUGCUCCAGGCCGGCGUCCUCGAGAAGUUCAAGAGCGUGCCGCUCGUCACCGGCCUCGACAUGGCCUGCUUCGCCGGCGCGGUGCUUGCCUCCUCCGCCGGCGUCUUCCUGCUGUCCAAGCUCUCCGCGCAUCCGCAGCCAUGCAACAAGCAAACCUCCUUCGCGUGAACGUGUUCCAUGUCACUGCAAAACAUGCAAUAUUCAUUUGUUCUUUCAUUUCAACUUAGCAAAGCAAGAAAUAGUACUUACUAAUAGAAAAACCAAAACCUGUGAAGCUGGUGUGCCUU